UUUUCCGGUUUUAAUUCUUGAAUUUGAAUACGUGUGACAUAUUGUUGCAAAUUUUAAUUAAGACGCGUCGCAGAUAACUAAUUUAAAAGUCACUUGCAAUUGUACCGGAAAUCUGAGUCAUCCGGAAAGAAUGGACAAAUGGUUAAAUUAAUGGAUAAGCGCUCUGCAUAUUUGAUAGGAAUUGGUGGCGAUCAUGUAGUGCAAAGGAAUAACCGCUGUGCAUAUAGCCCGACAUACAUUAUCUGCAUAUAAGUCUGUAAUAGAUGCGAGAGGACACUAGGGGAGUAAUGAGUAGGUGACUGUCAGUUACAUCGGAGUUCCGUGUGAUCUACGAACGCUACAACGUACAAUUAUCAUGUCACGCUCCAUGCUGUUGCUAAUCCUGUUGGGUAUAUUAUUGCUCAAUUGUCAAGAGACACUUGGUAGAAGAGGACGAGGAAGGAGCAGGAGCAAGUCCCGUGUGCAAAUUGGAUUGCCCAUUACCGGAAAGUAUCGCGAUCCGGAAAGCGAUCAGUAUUACAACAAUAAUAACGGAGCCAAGAUACUUCUGGCGUCGCAUUUCGAUCUAGAGUACGUCUUGGGACACAAAAUAGCUUUCCUCUGCGUUGCUCGUGGCAAUCCACGUCCGCAUGUUACGUGGUUCAAGGAUGGCGCCGAGAUUUACACGCAUCACUAUCUACAUAUACACGAGUGGCAAGUCGGUCCUGAUAAAGUGAAAUCGAAACUCGAAAUCGAUCCCGCUACUCAAAUGGAUGCGGGGGUCUAUGAGUGCACGGCGGAUAAUAUGUACAGCAUCGAUCGAAGGUCUUUCAAGACUGACUUCUCCAUCGCUUUCGAUUAGUGCGAAUGUAUGGGAAAUCGCAACAAACACGUACAAUUAGAUAAGAAAACAUAUAAAGGUCAGGUAACACGUGAACUUUUUACGAUAGAUCCUAAAAAAAAAAAAACGAUUUAGAGCGACAUUGUAUGACUUGCAGAAGGAGAUUAAAACCUUGUCCUAAUCCGGAAUGCGAGAAAUUGUUCUCGAUCUUAUCGAAGCGCAGCGUUGAAAUUGGCGUCUAUCUAGAAUAAUAAUCGACGCUUCCUUUUCUUCAUGCGUACAUAUUGUAGUUCAAGCGAAAAAUAUAGAGGAUUGAUAUUUGUAU